AUGUCUGUACCAAAACUUAUUCGAGGAACCAAGUUCCAUACCCUGUUUGAGAAAAUGUAAAAUUUUCCUCAUUUUUCACCAAUGUAGCAAAAUUUAUAAAUGUGAUAUAUUUUAAUGCGAAUUUGUUGGAAUAAGUUUCUUUCCACUCAAAUAAUGCUUUAAAUUAAAAAAAGAAUAAAAAAUCGGAAAAAAAAUUUAAAAAAAAUUUCAACUCGAAAAUUUCAUAAGGGGUACCCCUUGCCAUUUUUUUGAGAAAUUUUGCAAAAAAAUUUAAAUUGAUAUUUUUUAAUGCCAAUUGGUUGCAAUGUGUUUCUUUUCACUCAAGUAAUGCUUUAAAUAAAAAAAAGAGUGAAAAAUAAUAAAAAAUGCUAUAAAUUUGCCAAUCUCCUAAGCAGAGGCGGAUCGCGUUUCAUGUCCUUGCCGAUCAGACUAGUCCGCUUGUUCGCAUAUACAGGUUUGAUAGUUAGGCAGAGCGAGAAGUAUAUUCAUUUGGCUAGUUUGGGUAUGUACACAUGUAUUCCGUUUCAACUCAUGUGUAUCAAACGUUUCGUUUCAACUCAUUUUUGUUUCAACUCACUCGCACAUUUUCAUGAGUGAGUAAGUGAAAAAAAGAGUCGCUAAAACUCCUCGUGGUGAGUGAACGAAACUCGUUCAAUACAACGUUUCAACUCACUAUCUCACUUUUACUCACUUCGCACAUCCCUAAAGUAGCCUGAAUAUGGAUUCUGAUAAGAUUUGAUUUAAUGAAUUUCUUAUGUGCUGAAUCAACACAUCGACAACCAGAAUUAUAAUACAUGUAUGUAAAUAUCAGAAAAUAUAAAGCGUAUGCGUGAGUUUCUUCAUUCACAAAAGGGAGGCUUGGCAGAAAGCUUGAACACGUUUUCAGCCAUGAUCAUGCACCUGUAUAAAUAACGUGUUCGGAUUUUCGAAAUGGCACGUUGGAAUCAGAACGAUAGAUUAGCUGUUUAGUUAUUAACUAUUCCUCGUCUGGUAGAACACGAUGCACGUCAGUGAUGGAUUUAUCAGAUUUUCCGUGUGUGUGGUGUUACUCUUUGCCGCUGGCUUUAGUGCCCAAGAGCAAAUGUCUGGUCGGAUCGUAGGAGGACGUAAUGCAGACAUAAAAGAUCACCCGCAUAUGUUACUGUUGCGCCAAGAUGGAUACGCUUUUUGUAGUGCAGUAGUGAUAGGGAUUAAGUAUGCUCUCACUGCCGCUCACUGUGUGUACUCUGUGUCGGAUCUAAAAACGCUUUCUUUACAUGGUGGUAGUACAACACAAAUGGGAACGAGUGUGGUAUUCGGCGUUGAACGUGUCCUCAUACACCCUAAAUAUUUCGAGAGUACUAAUGAUAAUGAUAUAGCAAUCAUUGAGAUUAGUAACGAGUUCAGCGGACAUGAGAAUGUUGCGCCUAUAACGUUACAGGACACAGAACCGUAUAUGUCUUCGUCACCUGUCAUCUGCAACAGUACUGGUUGGGGUAUAGUUAACACCAGAACGAAUGCCGUAUCUAAUACACUGCAAGUUGGAACUCUACGGCUCAUCGCACAGAAAACCUGUCGUUUACAGUGGCAUCCGGUUGUUAUUACUGCCAGCAUGAUUUGUGCACGAGGUGAAUCUGCUGACACGUGUGCCGGUGACAGUGGAGGUCCUCUGGUUUGUGAUGAUCUUUUGUACGGCAUUGUGUCUUGGGGCAGCUCCCGCUGCGAUAAAACUAAACCAGCAGUGUUCACCAAAAUUUUUGCCAAUAGUAUACGAUCUUUUAUCAGAUCAAACACAGACAUUUAGUCCUUUUUUCUUAUAUACAUUAUCACUAAUAGCGGUAAAAUAUUUCUUUGCAAACCUCUAUGUCUUAAGAUUCUAUGUUCUGAAGCGGAAUAAAAAGGCCACACGUGAAUAAAUGUUUGAAAAAUAUUCGUGUAUGUAGUUCGCGUAAACUUAAUAGCAGUUGAAUAAAUAUUAAACCUUGUUCUAUUUCUUGGCCCACUUACGCUUGGGGACGUCGUGCAAAAAUUACUUAAUUUCCAAUUUUUUUCCAGGAAGCUGGAUCCAAGGUUGUAGUCUUCCAUCCAAUAUCGCUCGGUAUUUAUUGUCUUUCUGUAUUUGUUGUCUGUAUUUGUUGUCUGACACAUGCCGUAGAUCGUGCUUCCGUAUCUUGAUAAAGUGUUCUGAAUCGUUAAGAUGUAUGAGGCUCGUAGUAUACCCGAUUCCAUCACACAACAAUGCAACUCCUGAUUUCUGUGCUUAAGUUGUUUUCCAAAGUUCGUACGAAAGUGUCUCCUCAACUUCAAUAUGCUGCCCAAACGGAAACGAUCACGGCCGGAGAUCGCAGGUGAGCAGAUGCUUCUUCAUUUUCGCUUUGAUCCACAAUUCAAUCCUUCAGGCCACGCGCUUCAGAAGAGUAUACGCUUCGUCGUGUCUCAGACGUAUAUAUGCCCACCGU